AAAAAACACUAGGCAGGGGCGCCUUCCCUUCCGGCCCCUCCCCCGAGGAAGGCGCCUUUGCGUCUCUUCCUGCCGGUGGGAUCUGCAGCCCAGCUUGAAGAUGGGAACUCAGUGGUUGCCAUCAAUGACUUCACUUCACCUGUUUGGUGAGCCCCUGCCUUAAGAAAGAGGCUCCUUGGACUAUGGGCUAGAAAUGGAAGAGCAAAACUCAAGUGGUCCUGAAGCAGCAAGAGUCCCAGAGGCAGUUCUAGUCUGGCACGCUGGAGAAAGAUUUGUGCAGAAGCUUCUGGGCGGGGACACCAUCAGGUCAGAUGUUCCAUGCUGGAGAUUCAGGCAGUUCUGCUACCAGGAGGCUGCAGGGCCCCGAGAAUUUUGCCGCCAACUCCAUGAUCUUUGCCGCCAGUGGCUGAAGCCAGAGAGCCACACGAAAGCUCAGAUGCUAGACCAGAUGGUCCUGGAGCCAUUUUUGACUGUCUUGCCUGCGGAGAUGGAGAAUUGGGUCAGAGAAUGUCAAGCUGAAACCACAUCUCAGGCCUUGGCCUUGGCAGAAGGUUUCCUCCUGAGCCAGGCAGAGGACAAGAAGCAGGAAGAGCAACAAGGGCAGCGACUGGCAGCAGAAAUGGUGGGCGAUUUCUCUGAGGCAGAGAAGUCUCCGUUGGACUCCGGAGAGAGAUUGCUCUUCAGGGGGAAGGGCCAGGAUUGUGACCGAGGUGCCCCCUGUUUGGGCAAUGAAAGGAUGUCGAUGCCUCAUUCCAGACCUUUUCCUUACUUUGAUAGAGGUGAUGUGGCUGCUGUGCCAUCACUGGAUCAUGUGGCUACUGUCCCAUCACAGGGCCCAGUGACCUUUGAGGAGGUGGCUGUGCAUUUCACGGAGGAGGAGUGGGCAUUGCUGGAUCCAGACCAAAGAGCCCUUCACAGGGAAGUCAUGGAAGAGACAUCAGCACAUCUGGCCUCACUGGGUGAUGAGAGGGGACAUGGGCGAGAGGGUGAAAGGCACAGGAGAAAAGCUGGAGGAAACUGGGAGUGGAGAAAGGAACCCAUUCCUUCUGAAGGGAGUGACUUGCAUGAAAUUCCAAUCCAAAAAGAACAUCACAGAAGGAAUACAAUCCCUCCCCAUGCAGAUAUCUCAACUGCUAAAUCAAGGCUUAGCACUCCUCAAACUGAUCACGCAGAGAAGACCCAGUAUAAAUGCUCAGAUUGUGGAAAGAGCUUUAGUCACAGAGGAAGCCUCACUUCCCAUAACAGAAUCCACAGAGGGGAGAAACCGUAUCAGUGCACAGUGUGUGGAAAGACCUUCAGACAGAGCUCAGGCCUUACUUACCAUCAAAGAAUCCACACAGGGGAGAAGCCAUAUGAGUGCUCUGUGUGUGGAAAGUGCUUUAGUAGCAACACAAGCCUCAUUUGCCAUCAUAGAAGCCACACUGGAGAAAAACCAUAUCAAUGCUCAGUGUGUAGAAAGAGCUUCAGCCAAAGCUCACACCUUUCUUCCCAUCAAAGAAUCCACACAGGGGAAACAGCAUAUCGAUGCUCAGUGUGCGGAAAGAGCUUCAACAGCACCACACACCUUACUUACCAUCAAAGUAUCCACACAGGGGAGAAACCAUAUCAAUGUUCAACAUGUGGAAAGAGCUUCAGUAACAACACAAGCCUUAUUUACCAUCAUAGAAGCCACACUGGAGAAAAACCAUAUCAGUGUUCUGUGUGUGGAAAGAGCUUCAGCCAUAGGUCACACCUUACUGAACACCAAAGAAUCCACACAGGGGAGAAACCGCAUCAAUGCUCAGUGUGUGGCAAGAGAUUUAACAGCAGCACAAACCUUAUUUGCCAUCGUAGAAGCCACACUGGAGAAAAACCAUAUCAGUGCUCAGUUUGUGGAAAGAGAUUCAGCCAGAAUGCCAGCCUUACUUCACAUCAAAGAAUCCAUACGGGGGAGAAACCAUAUCAAUGCUCAGUGUGUGGAAAGAGCUUCAGCAGUAGCACAAACCUUACUUACCAUCAAAGAAUCCACACAGGGGAGAAACCAUAUCAAUGUUCAGUGUGUGGAAAGAGCUUCAGGAGCAACACAAGCCUUAUUUACCAUCAAAGAGGCCACACUGGAGAAAAACCAUAUCAGUGCUCCGUGUGUGGAAAGAGCUUCAGCCAGAGCUCACACCUUUCUUCCCAUCAAAGAAUCCACACAAGUGGGACACCAUAUCGAUGCUCAGUAGGUGGAAAGAACUUGAGCCAAAACUCAAGCCUUACUUCACAUCAAGGAAGCCACAAAGGGGAGACACCAUAUCGAUGCUCAGUAUGUGGGAAGAACUUCAGCAGCAGUACAAGCCUUAUUUACCAUCAUAGAAGCCACACUGGAGAAAAACCAUAUCAGUGCUCAGUGUGUGAAAAGAGCUUCAGCCAGAGUGCACACCUGUCUACCCAUCAAAGAAUCCACAAAGGGGAGAAACCAUAUCAAUGCUCAGUGUGUGGAAAGAGUUUCAGCCAGAGCGCACAUCUUUAUACCCAUCAAAGAAUCCACCAAGGGGAGAAACCAUAUCAAUGCUCAGUGUGUGGAAAGAGUUUCAGCCAGAGCUCACACCUUUCUUCCCAUCAAAGAAUUCACACAGGGGAGAAACCACAUCAAUGCUCAGUGUGCAGAAAGAGCUUUGGUUCCAAACAAAAACUUACUAAGCAUCAAAGCAUUCACAAAACCUAAAAAGAAUUUAACUGCUCAGGAUGUGGAAAUAAUUUGGUGUGGAGUACAGAACUUCAUAUCCCGUGACUCACAUACAGAAAUGUCACCUAAAUAACUGGGUGCUGAGCCAACCUGGGGAUGUGAUCUUGGAACCACUGUCUACAAUCCUUGAUAAUUCCCAGGGAACAGGUGAAAUGAAAAUUUCACAAUCUUAAUCUUUGAAGAAGGGGAGCUCUGAAAUUUUAGGUUUAUCAGCUUGACAUUGCUACCUGGCAAGAUCCUAGAACAGAUCUGUCUGUCUGUGAGCAUGCAGAAAAGGAUCUGGUGAUUACUAGGAGCCAGCAUGGACUUGUCAAGAACAAGUCAUGGAGAACUAACCUCAUUUCCUUUUUCAACAAAGUGACAAGUUUAGUACAUCACGACCGUACUGUGGACAUCAUGGCUGACAUCUUGACUAACCAAGUGUGGAGGAACGAGGCCUAGACCUCUUGGUUUUGUAAAUAAGCCCUUGUAUUGUAGUAAUAUUCCUAAAACUCUUCUUUAUUGUUAAUAAGAUUGUGUGUUUAAUAUGCUUGCAUAUCCCUAUGCAUGAAAAAACUGGCAGGGUCAAAAGUUCAUGCCUGCUGUUCUUUUAGUUCCACAUUUAGAAUGUCAGUUUGACAGUUUGGUUUUGGAGGGAAGGGAAAAAUUGAAAAAUGGAAGGAACUUUUUAUUAGGAUGAUUGGAUUGUUUGGAGAACCAUUGGAGGAAAAUUGGAUAUGUAUAAUAGGCUGCUUUAGCAGAGAAUUGGUCAGUCUCAGUUGGAGUCAGUCUGCAGGAGAGUCCUGGAAGAAGUUCAUGUCCUGGAGAAAGUCAGUGUGCAGUUUGGAAAAGAGGGUCUUGCUUGGAAGAAGUGGCAGUGCUCAUGAAAAUUUGAGAAGUGCCAACCUCUCUUUUGAAAGAGAAACCAGAAUGUACAGUAUGGGAUGUCAAGAAACCUUAUCUACAUCUCUGUCCUCAAUAACAUUUUCCUGGAACUGCAGCGCAAAAAGGAGAUGGAGCGAGAAUGAGGGUCAGCAUAUCUCAAACCUGGGGAGUUUCCAUCACAGUUUUUCUAGAUCAAACAGUUCCCUGACAUCUCUGGGACUUUCAUUGGAGACUGUAUUGUGAAGUGUGUGAUACCAUGUAAAGUAACCCACAGAAAGGGCCAGAAGCCCAGAGGUGCAAGAGACCUGAAUGUCAGUGAAUGGUUGAACCCUCGGUUAAAACGUUAGACCAUGUGAUGAAAGAAUGCUCCCCUUUAAAAGUGAUAUGGAAGAAAGUGGCAAAAAUGGCUGACCGGCCUGAGAUUCCAGAACAACAUUGGAAAGAGAGGCUUGUUGCAGAGAAGAUUAGACCAAAACGGGAAAAGGUCCUAAGCAUAGGAACGGGGAGGGCGGCAGAUGAAAGACACCCUGGUCUGUUACUAGAGUUAUAAACCUUUUUGUAUUACGAGCUUUAUUUUUAAGAGAAGGAAAAGGAAGAGGGGAAAUAGUGAAAAGGAAAAUUUUGGUACUAAGAGCUCAGUAAUCUUUAUAUAUAAGAAGGUCAAAGAGUUGGCAAGGUUUAAAAAAGAAAACAUGCCUCAUUACAGAGGUGUGCAUCAAUGGAAAUGGAUGGACGAGAUCCCCCCCCAUCACUUGAAAGAAAGUACAUGUCUGGUGGGACAAAUUAACCAAGUUGGUUUAAAUUAUUUCUGUUUCUUUGUUUUCUAAUGUGUGAACUAAUAUAUUAUCUGAUAAAGAAAAGAUAAAACUACAUAAGGGGUCCUUGCAGUCAAAAAGGGGAAAUAUGUUAGUGUUAAUUACUUAGCAGUGACUGUUGGUGUCUAUCUUAUGUUUCUUUUAGAUUGUGAGCCCUUUGGGGACAGGGAUCCAUCUUAUUUAUUUAUUAUUUCUUUGUGUAAACCGCCCUGAGCCAUUUUUGGAAGGGCGAUAUAGAAAUCAAAUGAAUGAAUCAAUGAAUGUCAAAAUAGAGUUAUAAUUCGUGUAAUUAGUGUAAUUUGUAAACUGUCUUAUGUAAAACAUUGUAUUGUGUUGUGUUGUUUGCAAUAAAAUACUAAAAGCCUAA